AGAGAAGAGGUCGAAAGACAAAGCUUGUGCAUCAUGUCGAUGUCGGUAGCACAAGUGGCGAAGGCUCUCACAGAGGUGAUAAAGUAUGCAGAGGAGGGCUUCAACUACAACGGUCAUGGCGAGUUGUCUUUGUUGGAGGAGAGGGUGCCGGGGUACUUUGCUGUUAGCGUGGAUAUGAGAUCCACGAUCAUGGCCAACGAAAGUGGUUGUGUGCAGGCACGAACACUCUUGGAACGAUUGAGAGAGUCACCUGAUGUUCGUGUGGACAACGACGCGGAAGACAACCCAUACAGUCUAAAAGGAGUUGUGCAGUGGAUGUGCAGUGAAGGCAUGUGCGACGAAGGACUUCUAUGUGACCUCAUGAAUAAGACAGAGGACGACAGGAACGUCAUUCAUGAGGCCUUGCAUGAAGUCACAGAGUACGCCGUGCAGGGUCGAGAUCUCAUUGAUUUUGUGCCAGCGUCAGCAGGAGAGGAGAUCAUUAGUGGCAGACCAUUGUGGGGGGGCUUGUUGGGUUGUGCUCUGACGCGGCUUGGUCUUGCAACCUGCGAUGUCAAGAGACAGAGAGAAAGGGAAGAGGGUUGGAGGCUGAUUGCCAGCGAAACAAGGUUACCGGUCAUUGAAGAAACCGGGGAGACAUCAGCAGCACAAGAUACGAGUGGGACGAUGGUGUUCGACGUGUCUACCAUGCACACAUCAACGACAGAGGACUUGGUGUAUAUGGACAUGUGUGAGGGUUUCUUCUUAGGGGAACAACAGUUGGCAGAGCGUAGAGACGAUGCAAAGCACAGAGAUGAUGCAGAGGAGGAGGAUGAGGAAGAGUACGAGGGGUCUGACGUGGAGGUGAGCGACAGCGACGUCAGCAGCGACGAAGAGGACGACGACAAUGAUGUGUACUACGAUCUCAAGACGGCCUGUGGACAAGUAACCAAAGGUUGGGCACAUGCAAUCCUCAG